AUGCGCGUUCUCAUCCUCUCCAUGCUCCUGGCGACAUCGUUGGCGGUAGGAGGACAUCGCCGCCCUUCUCCCUCCCCCCGCCCAUUCCACAGUACAACAAUGCACCCCACAACUUCAGCGUCUCCCUCGUCUUCUUCUACUCCGCCGUUUGACAACCCAAACCCGUCGCCGGCCAUUUCGUUCUAUUGUGCCCUAUGUAUCAAAUAUUCUUCGAUGAUCCUGUUAAAAGGACGGGAAUUUGCGCAUUCCUAUCUGCUAAAUGAUCUCUGCCCAAGGGCCGGGCUUUUCAAAAAGAGUUGUCUUCGAGCCCUUGAGCACCUGCGGAAAGUGAGCGAUCAGCUGAAGAGUGAGUUUGAUCCGCUGGAAACGUCCUCGUCCAAGUUCUGCCAAUCCGUCGGCUAUUGCUUUGUCCCGGACAUCUUCGAAGAUUGCCCCUACUACCGUACCGGGUUGCCCACUUAUAAAAUUGGAUUGUUUCGCCCAUCCAAAAGCCACGACGAGCUC